AUGGCAGGGCCAAUAGACACAAGAAAACGUUCCCGCGAAGAAGAACAGAACGAAUUUAUGCCCCUAUCGAAGCGGAUCAAUAAUCUACAUCUAAACAACAGCCAACACAGUAUUGCGGGAGGGGUGCUGCCGGAGCAGAUCGUCGCUGGUGCAUCCCAUGUCGUUGGACAGAUACGGCAGCACGAUCACCAUCAUCACUUACUCGGUGGUGCGGGAGGAACUUGUGCAAUUAGCAUCCACAACAAUCCCCAUCUGAUGGGGGUGAUGGCUGGCAGCAGUUCCAGCAGCAGUAAUAGUAGCAAUAGCAAUACAAGCAGCGUCGGUUCGUUUCGAAUUCCUGCCAACAGUGGAAGCAAUAGUCCUGCGUCGACCAUUUCGAUUAACGGCGAAAUCCUUGGCGAUUACUGUCCAGUGUUGACCGCCGAAGAAAAUCCACAUUAUUUCACUAAAAAUAAAAUUCUCUACGAGCUGUACGUCGAACGGAUGAGCAGACUGCAAUGA